AUGUCUUCGUCAUUCGAUCAGGAUUCGUCCAUUGAGAAGGGAGAGAUGGGACCCGUCAUCAUGAAUGAACGAUCCCGUAUCACCUUCGAGCCAGAGGAUCGCCUCGAACGUCGACGCCGCCACAGUCGACAGCGAUCUAUGAGUCGCGACUCUAUCAGCAGUAUCAGAUCGCGAGCACAGUCGACUUCCGCCGCCACCGGUCUUCCAAUUGAGUUUCGUACCCUCUCCUUCAAUGUCUCUCAUUCACAGACGGUCAACGAGGUGGUGAAAGAAUCGAAAUGGAGACCGAAACACAAGACAGCUACCAAGACCAAGAAGACAAAGGUUCCCUUCAAGAAAGAACCCAAGGUCGAGGACAAGCGACAGAAUGAUGCAGAGCACUUUGAGAAGUUAGAUUUCCACAUCCUCGAUGCCGACUCAGUGAUACGCGGGCUUUCAUCAUCCUCCGAGUUGGGAUUGACUUCCGAGUAUGCAUCAACUCGUCUUGCGACCGAUGGCAAGAACAUGCUUCCCCGAAGACGCCAGAACUAUGCGAAGAAGCUGUUCGAGUACGUCUUUGGUGGAUUCUGUUCAGUCCUUUGGGUCGGUGUGAUCAUCUUCUUCAUUUGCUGGAAACCACUAGGCAACCCCGACCCUCAAGCAUACAACCUUGGUCUUGCUAUCCUGGUCCUCAUCGUCAUCUUCCUGCAAGCAUGCUUCUCAGCUUUCCAAGAUUGGUCUACUGGCCGUACAAUGAACGCCAUUCUCGACCUCCUACCAGCGGACGCUCUCGUCAUUCGUGGUGGACAAACUACAAAGGUACCUUCGACCGAUCUCGUUGUUGGCGACAUUGUCAAGAUCAGUAUCGGAAACAAAGUACCUGCCGAUAUCCGUCUGUUGGCAACCUCUGGAGACGUUCGCUUCGACAGAUCCAUGCUUACUGGAGAAUCUGAUGAGAUCGAGGGUGCUGUCGACUCUACUGACAAGAACUUCCUUGAGAGUCGCAACAUCGGUCUCAUGGGAACCAUGGUCACUAAUGGCUCUGCUACCGGUGUCGUCGUCUUGACCGGAAAGAACACCUGUAUGGGUCGUAUCUCCAGUGCCAUGGCUGGCGCUAAGGAACAGACAACUCUCAUCCAGAUGGAGAUCAACCGUUUUGUCAAGAUCAUUGUCUGCCUGACCAUCGUCCUUGCCUUGGCUAUCCUGUUGACCUGGGUUGGCUGGUUGCGUCGCGACCACCCCGCCUACAUGAGCGUAGUGGCUAUGCUGAACAACGUAAUGGGAUGCGUCGUUGCGUUCAUCCCAGAAGGUAUGCCUGUCGCAGUCGCUUUGACAUUGAUGAUGGUCGCCCGCCGCAUGAAGAACAGCAAUAUCCUACCCAAAGGCCUUUCGACAGUCGAGACACUGGGCUGCGUCAACGUCAUUUGUUCUGACAAGACCGGUACCUUGACCGAGAACAAAAUGGUUGUCACCACUGUCGGCUUCGUCGAUGAGCAGCUUACUGUUGCUGAGGCUCUCGCCAAGAUGGAGUCUGGCAAGAGCACCGUACUCACCGAGCUUCACCGCGCUGCAGCAUUGUGCAACGAUGCCACUUUCGACCCUCUAUCGAUGGAUCUUCCCGUCUUGGACCGCGAGGUUCAGGGCAAUGCCACCGAUGGAGCCGUGCUCAAGUUCGCAGAGGUCGCUCACUCCGACUCUACCAAGACCCUUCCCGACGCUCAUCCUCGCAAAUACCAAAUUCCCUUCAACAGCAAGAACAAGUGGAUGCUCACACUUCACGAUGAAGUUGGCGCUAACUACGAAGUCACUCCUGAGGACACCAAAUUCCUCGUCUAUGUCAAGGGAGCCCCUGACAAGCUUCUUCCAUUCGCCACCUCCUACUGGUCUGCUAAGAGCAACUCUGUGUUGCCUCUUGACGCUGCAGCUAAGGCACAAUUCAGUGCUCUCCAAGAACGUCUGUCUCGCAACGCAGAACGUGUCAUCCUUCUUUGUCAACGCCAUUACGUACCUUCAGAAGCUCUCGGCACCAACGCCUUCGGAGACGAGAUCUUAGAGAACGGUCUCGCUGAUCUGACCAUCAUCGGAGUCCUUGGUAUUACCGACCCACCUCGUUUGGAAACAGCUCCAACCAUCGCUUCUUGUCGCCGUGCUGGUGCACGCUUCUUCAUGGUCACCGGUGAUUUUGGUCUUACUGGUGCUGCUAUCGCUCGUAACGUGGGCAUCUUCACGCACAGCGGUGAACCCGACACCUAUGAGACCAUCGCUGAGGGUCAGACAUUUGUCAACGACAGCGAAAAGGGUGCUCGUGUGAACAACAGUCUACUGCUGGAAGGACCGUCUAUCAACUUGCUCACUGACGACGACUGGGACAUUGUUUGCAGUUAUGAGGAAAUCGUAUUCGCCCGUACCACCCCCGAACAGAAGUUGCGCAUCGUCAAUGAGCUCAAGGACCGUGAUAACGUCGUUGCGGUCACUGGUGAUGGUGUCAACGAUGCACCCGCUCUCAAGGCUGCUGAUGUUGGUAUUGCUAUCGCCGCUGGUUCUGAUGUUGCACUUGAAGCUUCCGAUCUGGUACUCCUCGACAAGUUCGACUCGAUUGUCGAGGCCAUCCGUCUCGGUCGCUUGGUCUUCCAGAACCUCCAAAAGGGUAUUGCCUACCUGCUGCCUGCCGGUUCUUUCAGUGAGAUCUGGCCAGUCAUUCUCAACGUCUUCUUUGGUGUACCUUCGCCACUGUCUUCAUUCUUGAUGAUCAUCAUUUGCGUCUUUACCGAUCUCUUCCUCAGUUUGUCGCUGAUCAUGGAGAAGGAGGAAUUCGACCUUCUGACUCUACCUCCCCGCAACCACAAGAAGGACCAUCUCAUCAACCUCAAGAUCUACACCCAAGCCUACCUCUUCAUCGGUGUCAUGGAAACCAUCUGCGCACACGCCAUGUUCUUCCUCUACUACUGGCGCCACGCCAAGAUCCCCAUCGGCGACCUCUUCUUCGCCUUCGAGGGCUACACCGAAGGCUUCCACGGCUACUCCCAAGCCGAACUCAACCACUUCAACACCGUGGGCCAAGGUGUUUACUUUGUCACUCUGGUAAUUAUGCAAUUCGGCAACUUGCUCAGCGUACGCAGCAAGAAAAUGUCCAUCCUCCAAGCCGAUCCUUUCCGCGCCGAGCGCAGAAACCCCUGGUUGCUCGCUGGCAUGGCUGUUUCUCUUGCCAUUGCCAUCUUCGUCACCAUGGAGCCUGGUAUCCAGAACAUUUUCGGUACUGCUACUGUGCCCAUUGAGUUCUGGCUUAUUCCCAUUCCUCUGGCGCUGGGUAUUUUGGUCAUGGAUGAGAUUAGAAAGGUGCUUGUUAGAGCUUUCCCUCAGGGCCCCUUGGCCAAGAUUGCUUGGUAG